ACGCAACGGUACAUGAAUAACGGUGAACUGCGAGCGAAUCCAGUGUCCCCGAAAUAACAACAACUCUCCAAACACCGAACUGCAGUUGAAUCAAAUAAACAUAAAUUUUUUUCAAGUUAAAUAUAUUUAAUCAGUAAAAGUUGCCAAGCUGCCGAUUUGCAAUCCAUAAGUAGUGCUAAAAAUUAUCCAAGUAAUCAGCAGCCGCAUUUUGAAGUUACGUCAAAAGGAGUCGCGAAAGAAGAAGAGCCAGUGGGCAGCAGAGGGGGCAAAAGGGAAAGGGAGAGAGCCGAAAAAAACAACAACAAAGCUAAGGCACGCGAUAGGAGUAACUGUAAAUGUGGAAAGGAUAAAAUAGGAGAAAGUAGAAAAUCAGCAAACGGAAUUUUUUUUUUGAGUUCUUUGUUUUUGUUUUUGGCGCGUCGUCGCUGUUUGGUUUUUUUUCUUGGGGUUUUUGUUUUUGUUAUUUUUACUUUCGGUGCCUGUGCCUUUGUUGAUUGCUUUGCAGCCGGCUUUGGCCAAAAAAAAAGGAGGGACAGCAGAAGGGGGUGAUAAAGCGAGGAGGAAGCGAAGGAAACGAACAGCUAACCACCGGGCUUAUGUAAAGCGUGCUUUAAGCGUGCUAUGGAAGCAUGUCGUCCACUUCCAGCUCCGUGCUAACGUUGUCAUCGUUCAAUCUAUUAUUUUUCACCCAAGUGCUCACGGUUCUCAGCUCGACGAUCAAGUACAACGAAUACGCAACGGACAAGGGCGGCAAUGUGAGCAUACCCUGCAUAGCCCAGGGCAACAUAAUGUGGGUGAAAGAGCACGGAAACAACAGCACAAUAUUCCAGACUGGUCGUGUUUUGGUGCUGCGGAAUGUGAGCACGUCGGAUGCUGGAAUUUAUGUCUGCUUCGCCUCAGUGCCACGCCCAUCGACAACAACAACAACAACAACAACAAGAGCAACAACAACAACAAGUGCAACAACGAGCAAUCUAGCAACAUCAGCAACUACCUCAUCGCCCAAUCAGCAGCAGCAGGAGAGCGAAAAGCAGGAUGAGGAUGACGUGGAGGUCAGGGAAUCGCCGAGGGACUCCCAGCAGGAAUCCGAGACGGAGGAGGAGGAGGUGGAGGUGGAGUACCAGGCACAACAGCGGACCAGGCUCAUCGUUCGCACCGUUCCGGGUCCAGUUUCGCAGCUCUACUUCAAGGCCUCCACCAUACUGGGCUUCCUCAUCUGGCGCUUCAACAAGACCCAAUCCGGAGGAUACCCGGUGCGCAGCUUUACGGCCGAGUAUCGCAAUGUGUCCUACAAGACGCCGCCGGCGAACGCCAGUUUCGAGCACGCCUGGAGUCGAAUGGAUCCCAUUAACAUAGCCUUCAAUGUGCGGCAAAUGGAGGUCUAUCGAUUGGCACCCAACACCACCUAUGAGUUUCGGAUAUGGGCCAACAACGAGCUGGGCAGCGGCGAGGUGGUGACCACCAAUGUGACCACGCUGCCGGAGACCAAGGAGGAGGAUCUCAUACGCCUUAUAAAACCCGACCUAGACAAUUUCGAUCCACGCAUUUGGAUAGUGGCCGUCAGCAUAGUGCUCGGAACCCUUGUGAUAUUAGCGAUCGGACUCUGCAUUGUCCUCUCCAAGGAGUGCUAUCAGUCGGCGCAAAUGGAACUGCAAGAUGGUUGGGACAGCAUUGAGCUUAUACCGAACAUAAUAUUGAAUCCCGGUUUCAGCGAGUCGGACGGCGGACCAGGUGGUGAUGGUGAAGGUCAGGCGGGUGGUGCUGGUACCGGUGGCGAUGGCGAGGAUGAGGAUGAGGAGGACGUGGCCAUGCCCUUUCCACGCACCAUCAUCUUCGGGCAGCACCAUCGAACGCCGCCGCCGCCGCGCUUGCAUUUGCCGCCGCAACAGCACCACCUGCAUCCGUUUGGCCACCACUCGAACCAGAGCCACCACCACCAGUACCACCAUCAGCAGCACCAUCGGCGGCAGGACGAGGACGAUGACGAUGACUACGAGGAGGAGCACGAACCCACCAUGGAGCGAUUCAAGCGCAAAGUUUCCGUCUUCUUCACCGGCCCCACCAUCAAGCGAAUUUGAGGCAUACUCAUCGUAUUUGAUGAGAGUACAAACACUGGUCACAACAGGUCGCCUAGGUUGUUGCAUUCCUUGCAUUGCAUUGGUUUGAUCGGAUAGUUAGGAUCCAACACAACAAACACACACACACACACAUAUAUAUAUGUACCUAUACUCGUAUAUGGAGCUUAUCGGUCGAAACUUUCGUUUUCAUUUCGGUUUCCUGAGAAAGCUUAAAACAAAUGCAGAAUACCCAAAUGGCCCGUUAAUUUAUUGCUCAUCGCCGCCGCUUCUAUCCGGAUCAGAACUAUAUAGUAUAUAUACACGUAUUAUAAAUAUAAACCAAAACAAAUAUAUUGCUGUGAUACAAAUUCAAUUGAACGGACAUUGUAAGGAUUUACCAUAAAGCACACGAAACGAGAUGAACACCAAAAUCCAGUUAUUAACCAUCAUGAAUUUGCUGAAGCUCGUAGACGAAUACCCAAUUGAAUUUUGCCCAGUUAAACACGCCAUCUGAGUUACAGCAACUGGAUUACUCAGAUAUCCAGGUAUAUAGGACAGAAUUUAGCGGACAAGUUUGCUUAGAGCCACAGAAAACUCACGAAAAGAUAGAUCUGUUACCAAAGCACUUUCUUAAACUUCAAUAGUUUUAAUUUGUCCGUUGGUCUGAAAGCUAAAUAUUAGAUAAUACUUACCUCAUAUUACUUAAUUUAGAGAUCCAUUAUAAAUAAAUUCAAGUAAUGUGUAACAGAUCUCAAAUAGUCCAGAUCCCCGACUAUAUUGUCUUGGUUUUGAUUCUGUUGUAACGAUUAAACAAACUGUGAAACAAUUUUAUAAUUGAGCAAAUAUUUUGCACUGUAGAGCGCACCAAACGAUCUAUAUAUAGAUAUAUAUACAUAUAUAUAUUUAAAGUCGAUAAAAACGUUUGAUAAACAUUUUAAAUAAAUGGCAAAAUGCCUUGUGCUUUAGUUCGGCCUCAAAGCUAAUUAAAUUGAAUAUGAUAUAGGAAUAUUUAUGAACGUAGUUAAAGUAGCUGGGAAACCAAAUAUUCAAAACAAAAAAGAAAAAAAUCUAUGAAAAACUGCUUCCACUCACAGAAAACAAAAUUGAAACAAUGAAAUUGUUAUAAAAGAUAAAUCAAAACUAAUUUUAAACAAGCGAAUAUUGUGUAUAUAUACCGAUGCAACAACAAAUUAUAUAGAAGUGUGUAUACACAUGUGAAGGAUGUACAUAAAGAUAGCGAGUGGGUAUCUUAAGAAAGACUGUAGUUAAUGUUUAAGACACUUAGGCCUGCGCUUAUACCAAUUUUUUGGGGCCCAACUUGGCCCGCAUAUUUUUGGUUGCAUUCGAUCUGCUAAUAGCUACAAACAAGUAUAUAGAAAUAAUAUUUCUAACAAUUCGGAAUGUGCACUUAACUAAACAAGACAAAAAAAAAAAAAAAAACAAUACCCGAAAAAAAACACAAAUAGAACGAAAUUGAAAUUGAAUAAGCAAAAGUCAUUCGCCUAAGCCCCGAUCCUAAAACUCUUGGCUGUAUUUCUAAUUGUUAUUGCUUCAGGUUGAGGUUUAUUGUUAUUGCGCCAGCCUGCCGUCAGCGAAAUCGCCCCUAGUCACUCUAAAGAUAUUGUUUUCUAAUCCGAGGCUUAGCUUUAGACCUCGCCACCACAAAAACACAGACAACAAUAAAAUAAAUCUAAGUUUACAAAACCA